GAAGGACGGUGGGCUUGAAAAACACGGAUCAAACAUUGCCAUCAACUCGCGAUGCUUCUGAAUGAGCGGGCAACAGGGGCACGAGCGGUGGUGGCCGGCCCGCAGCGGUACUCCUCACUGCCCGCCUACCUGCCCACCACCCUGAGCAUCUCAGAUGCCGAGGACACGUUCUUUCUUCGAGAGGCCCACCAGGGCCUGACGCGCAAUGCCAGUCUGCAGGCCCGUGCCCAGCCCUUCUUUGUGCACCGUGCCCACACUCCACUUACAGUCAAUGCCAGCUACGGCCCCUUCUUCGCCGAGGCGCCGGUGCCCGCUGAGUUCCUGGUGCCCUUGAUGCCCUUCGAGACGCUGCCCGUCCGCUGGAAGGUCAAGUCUCACAUCCUCGACAGCGCCAUCUACUCCAAUAGGCCCAAAGUGCAGACGCUCUUCUACGUGGCAGGCAUGGACUGGACGGUGACGGACCCAGAGCUGGCCCUGCCGUGCGUCCGCAUGUCCGCCUUCCCUGAGGCACGGGAAGUGGCGGCCAGCUGUCGUCUGCAAGGAGCACCGGGACUGUGUGUAGCUGAGCUGGAGCUGCUGCCUGAGUGGUUCAGUUCAGGGCUGGACCUGGAGCCCGAAGAGGAGAUCCCGGCUCUGCUGGGAGGCACCACCAUGGAGCUGUACUUCAACCUCUACCCGGCCAAUGUGGCCGGAGAGUGUCCCCUGCAGGAGGGCGCGCGCUGGGAGAACAGCGUCCACGCUGACCCCGAUGGGCCACUGCCGGCCGCGCCCGCCCGCCAGCGCAUUGGCAGUGUGGUAGUCUAUCCCACCCAGGAUGACCUCCGGUGGUCACUGCUGACUCUGGACCACAAUGUGGCCCUCUCGGUGCCUCUGAACCUGGUCCGAGAAGGCCACACAGCCACCUUCCUGGUGUCCCUGACCAGUGGCUCCAUGACUGACCACUUUACACUGCGGAUCAAGGCAGCUGCCGGCCUGCGGAUUGCGGCAGUGCGAGUGAGCGGGGAAGCCCAGUGGGCGGUGCAGGAAGAGAUGGAGACGGAUAGUGCUCAGACCACGGCCACCCUCACCUGCGUGGGACGCCCCCCGGAUUCCCAGCCCAGGGUGAACGGGUCCUUGUUCGAGCUGCUGCAGGUGGACUUCGGGGUGGACAACAGCAGCGAGUUGUCGGGGGCUCAGCAGGUGGCGUGGCAGGUGGAGUACCCGGACGGCGUGGGGAGCGAGCUGCUGGUGUCCGAGAUCUUUGUCAGCCCGUCGUCCUUCGUGGGCAUUGUGCCCCUGGCCAUGGACACGGAGCUGCUGAACACGGCUGUGCUCACAGGCCGGGCAGUGACCGUGGCUGUGCGGGUGGUGGCUGUGGAGGAGGACGGGGCCGUGGUCCACGUGGCAGGUGCUGUGGAGUGCAAGUCUGCAGACGAGGACAUCAUCAAGGUCUCCAACACCUGCGACUCCAUCUUCGUGAACGGGAAGGAGAUGAAGGGCAAGGUGGAUGCUGUCGUGAACUUCACCCACCAGCACUUCACCUCCCAGCUGGAGGUCACCGUAUGGGCUCCCCGGCUGCCCCUGCAGGUCGAGGUCUCGGACACGGAGCUGAGCCAGAUCAAAGGCUGGAGGAUUCCCGUGGCCCCCAACAGGAGGCCCACCCGUGAGAGCGAGGACGAGGAGGACGAGGAGCGGAAAGGCCGGGGGUGCUCCCUGCAGUACCAACACGCCACUGUGCGGGUCCUCACCCAGUUCGUGGCCGAGUCCCCCAACCUGGGUCAGCCGAGUUACCUGCUGGGCCCCGACUGGCAGUUUGACAUCACCGACCUGGUGAGCGAGUCCCUGAAGGUGGAGGAGACGAGGAUCGCUCAGUUCCAGGACGCCCACACACUAGUGGGGCGAGAGCCUGGCAUCACCACAGUGCAGGUGCUAUCUCCGCUGUCGGACUCCAUCCUGGCCGAGAAGACGGUUAUUGUCCUGGACGACCGCGUCACCAUUUCGGACCUGGGUGUGCAGCUGGUGGCCGGCCUGUCCCUGUCUCUGGAGCCUCACGGAGCUGACAGAAGGGCCCUGAUGGCCACAGUAGCCACCCAGGAUGUGCUCCAGGCCCCCCGGCAGGAAGCUGUGGUCAGCACCUGGGUCCUGUUCAGUGAUGGCUCCGUGACACCCCUGGACAUCUACGACCCCCAGGAUUUCUCUGUGACAGUGUCCUCGCUGGACGAGAUGGUGGUGUCAGUCCCCGACACCCUGCAGGACAAGUGGCCCAUCGUGGUCGCGGAGGGCGAAGGGCAGGGGCCCCUCAUCAAGGUCGAGAUGACCAUCAGCGAGUCCUGCCAGAAGACCAAGAGGAAGAGCAUCCUGGCUGUGGGCCGGGGACACGUCAAGGUCAAAUUCUCGCCCGAUGCACAGGAGCUCCUGCCGGGCAGCAACGACAUCGGGGACAUGGGUCGGGAGUAUGGGGGCCCUGGGGGCGAUGCCAUGGGACGUGGGAGGAGUGCCCAAGGCACCGGGCAGGACCGGAGCACAGUGGGCCAGCGGGAGGACGGCGCCCACAGAGGCACCACGGCGCUGUCCCCCGUGGAAGGCCACCAGAGGAAGUUCCUCAAGAGUGGGGGCCCAGAUGCCUUCACCAGCUUCCCCACCUCGGGCAGGUCUCCGGGCCCCGACAGCCCCAGGGAGCUGACGGUGACGUCGCGGGGCCUCACUGACCUGGAGAUCGGCAUGUAUGCUUUGCUGUGUGUCUUCUGCUUGGCCAUCCUGGUGUUCCUCAUCAACUGCGUAGCCUUCGCGUGGAAGUACAGACACAAACGCUUCGCUGUGAACGAGCAAGGCAACAUCCCCCACUCCCACGACUGGGUCUGGCUGGGCAAUGAGGUGGAACUUCUGGAGAGCCCCGUGGACGUGACGCUGCCAUCAGAAGAGGCCGUGGCACUGGGGGAUCGUGGGCUGCCCUUCGAGGAGAGGGACUUCCUGCUGGACGGCGCGGCCCCCAAGACGUUUCGUGGCCCACUGCUGCGACCCCCGGACUAUGUCUACGAGAAGGACAUCAUGCCCGGAGAACCCAUCCACCCACCACCAGGCCCCAAGAGGAAGCGAGUCAAAUUCACUUCCUACACCACCAUCUUGCCCGAGGAUGGUGGCCCGUACACCAACUCCAUCCUCUUUGACAACGAUGACAGCAUCAAGUGGGUGUGCCCGGACAUGGGGCUAGGGGACCCCCAAGACUUCCAGGACUACAUGGAGAGCCUGCAGGAGCGGCUCUGACCUUCCUCGUGGGUAUUCACCAUGCUGCCUUCUGUUUUGGAGAUCCCGGCACCCUGGCUCUGCCCGAAAUCCCGGGGAAGGUGUAUG